UUGCUGCUCCUACUACAGUUCCUGCAGCAUUAUGAGCUUUGGCUCUGUACAUCAUAAUAACCAUGGACAUGUUACUCCGAACUGCUAUAUUUUUGUGGAUUUUUUCAGUUGGAUUUCUGUUUUUCCCAGAAAAGUCCGAGGCCUGUCCAGGGAAUGACUUACCUAUGUUGUGUGAAUUUGUUUUCAGAAAUAUCUGUUUUGAGUUUGUUGAGGGAUCCGACACCUGGUCCCAAGCCAGGAGCAGCUGCGAAAAGCGAGGAGGGGAACUCCUGAAGGUGAUGAACAGCCCAAUCAAAAUCUUUCUGAAGAACAUCACCAGAGCUAGAACCAGCAAUUUCACCUGGUGGCUGGGGGAGAGGGUCCAAGAGACGUACCAGGGACCUGCCUCAGAAAAUGUUGGCGUUUUAAAUGACAGCUGCUCAUACAUGAAGCUGAAUCCACUUCAGCUCAUCACAACGUCUGACUGCAACCAGAGACGAGGUUUCCUCUGCAUCCACAGAUUCUGGUCUUCACUGAACAAAGAGACGCCAUUAGUAUCCAGUUCUGCAACUCCAUCUCGGCUCAAAAGGGAUGUAGAUGCCAACAUUGUCAGACUUCUCCAGGAAGCAGAUGAAGAGCUACUGCGAAUGGAAACGACAGCAGGGGAACCGACAAAUCGCGGCAGUAAAAAAUUCAUUCAGGAUUUGUUGGAGGGCACGAAAACAGUAACUCCAGAAUUUGCUAGGAAAAACAAUGACACGAUCAGACACAUCAUCCGCUGUAGCACUGGCAUCCUUCUUCUCUCGAUGAAAAAAUGUGACAUCCACAUUAAUCCAAACCCACCGACUUUGCUUGAGAGUGUCCUUGAGAUCAUUCGGACUGUCUCUGGGCUGCUGGGUACCACAGAGACUACUACUAUCAGGCACCCAUCAGGCACAAUCUAUGAGAGCUUUCAUAAACCUGCUGACCUCAGCAAUUCAGUGCUGGGUUCAGAGAAAGAUGGUGAGUUCAUUAAACUCCCAUCAUAUUCAGCGCUUCAGUCUCAGCUCGGACAGUACAGCAAAAUCUCCGCUCAGAUGGCUACAUUCUCAAGUAAUCCCCAUCCAUCUGAUGACAAUGUAACAGGGACUGUUAGCAGCCUUUCACUUCGUGAUGGAGACACAGAAAUAAAGCUAACAAACCUGCCAGAGAUGAUAGAGAUCUAUAUGCCUCGUUUAAAUGCGUCAGCAGUCAUGAAUAGUACUGUUGUGUUGGAGAAAGAUACAAGAGCUCUGACCACAUUCAACAUCUUAGACCCUAAUGUGACCAUCUUCUUCAGCGUGGAGCCCAGUGCCAAUGUGUCAUUGAUUCUUAAGUUGUCUCAAGGGUCACCUCCUAACCAUACAUACUCUAGCAACUCCACCAUCCUGAGCCAAACAGGAGGCUAUCGCUGGAUGAUAACUCCAGAGAUGUUACAGCAGACUCCUGGAGUCUGGCAUGUUGACACCAGACUCUUUAAUUCUACUUGGGAGCCAGGUCUGACACUGAGGAUCAGUUCUUUUAUGAGCAAAUGCUUGUACUGGGACACAGAGAACCAGACAUGGAGCACUGAUGGCUGCCAGGUGGGAGAGAAAAGCACUCCAGGACGAGCACAGUGUCUGUGUAACCACCUCACUCUCUUCGGGAGCUCGUUCUUUGUGAUGCCGAACCACGUGGACGUAUCUCGCACAUCGGAGUUGUUUGCCACUGUGUCUGAGAACUACGUGGUGCUGGCACUGUUGUGUGCUUUCUUUGGCCUGUACCUGAUCACUCUGCUGUGGGCCUGCUAUGCUGACCGCAGGUCACGCUCCAAGAGGAAGAUGACUCUUCUGGAGGACAAUCAUGCCGGCGCACUGUACAACUAUCUGAUCAGUGUUCAAACUGGCCAUCGCAAGAAUGCUGGGACUACUGCCAAUGUGACAGUGAAGCUGACUGGCUCAGAGGGAGAGAGUGACUUACACAACCUCACAGAUCCUGACAAGCCUGUGUUUGAGAGGGGAGCUGUUGAUAUGUUCUUGUUGGCCACACCUUUCCCACUGGGCGAAGUGCGUAACCUCCGGCUGCAGCAUGACAACUCUGGAGGCCAUCCGUCAUGGUAUAUAAACAAGGUGACAAUACAAGACCUCCAAACACGACAGGUGUGGCAUUUCUUAUGUGACUGCUGGCUGAGCGCUGAUCGUGGAGACGGCAUGACCAAGAAAGCCUUCAGUGCUGCAAAGAGCAACGAGAUUACCAGCUUCAGGAAUAUUUUCCAGAGUAGAACAUCCACUGGUUUUAGGGACGAACACAUCUGGAUGUCCAUAGUGGAUCCUCCCUCACGCAGUCCAUUCACACGAGCCCAGAGGGUCUCUUGCUGCAUGAGCCUGCUCCUCUGCACCAUGGCCAUCAAUAUCGCCUUCUGGAACAUUCCUGUAGAUCAGACCUCGCCAGUGCUAUUUGAAAUUGGUACAUUGCAAAUCACCUGGCAGGAGAUCAUGGUUGGUGUGGAGAGUGGUCUUCUUAUGUUUCCAAUCAACAUCCUCAUUAUCACUAUCUUCAGAAGCAUCAGACCUCGCAUAGUUUCAAAAUCUCCAAAAGCCGACCCUGAGGGGCAACCGAGACCUUCUGCAGUUACCGUACCAAGUCUUCUGAAGGAUACAGAGGAAGUGAUUUCAUUGGUGAGCAGAAGUCCGAGAAACAAGAUGCCCGAAAUGCACAGACUGGAGUCCAUAGCUGACCUCUGCCCUGCUUUGGACAAGCUGCAUGAAUUCAUCCAGCUCAUGCAGGGGGAGAGUGAGAGUGACCCCCAUUGGGUGUACUGCAGCAAGUUCCUCCUCGCCGGGCUCUGCCACCUCAUGAUGUGCCUGGAGAAAUUGGAUGGAAGGAACUUCCUGAGUCCAGAAGAGUACCAGCAGACCCUCAACAUCACCAACAUGCUGGUUCGCAAGGCUGAGAUGGUCUUCACCAGCCACUUGACCUACUGCCCUCCUCCCGUGAAGAAGAAGAAGACGAAGAGGUCGGCUGGCUGCUGGCUGCCCUGGUGGUGUGUGUUCCUGGGCUGGUUUCUAUUGCUGUCCAUCAGUGGAGUAUCGACUUUCUUCACCCUGUUGUACGGCUUUGAAUAUGGAAAAGAAAAGUCCAUCAAGUGGGUCAUGUCUCUGGGCCUCUCCCUUUUCCAGAGCAUCUUUAUACUGCAGCCUCUCAAGGUGAUAGGCGUUGCUGUGUUUUUUGCAUUACUGCUGAAACCUGUAGCUGUGGAGGAGACUGAAGAAAUUGAGCAAGUGCUAUUAGAGCAACAGGACAAAUGUAGACGGUACUCUGGCAGGGACACACUGUGAGGAAGCUGCAUUUAGCGGGAUAAGCUGUCUUUUCUGAUGAGCACAGCUGCAAUCCACAACACCCUCACUUCUUAAACACUCUUUUGCACUUAUUGGAAGUUUUACUUUCUAAAUAUAAAAAUUGCAUAACACGUUCUGCUGUUUUCUGUGUGUACAGAAUCUCAAAUGUCUGAUAAAGUUUUCACAGUAAACGCGUAAUUAAAUAGCUGUUGCUCUUGCAUGUCAAAGUGUUGCUUUUUUCAAGUCAUUUGCUAUCCACGAUUAUGUGUGUGUAUGCAAAGUAAAUCUCUGGUUUCAUGUUAUCUGUGGGCACAUUGCUAAUUUCAUGUCGACAGAUUAAAUUGGUUGAAUCCAUUUACAGCUUCAAAGGGCCCUGAAGCGGCAGUUUGGGGGUCAAAAAUUGUGAGACGUGCCAUCUUUGAGCUAUUUUGGAGCAAAUUUUUUGAAUAUCUACAGUACACUCUCUUGUUAUAUACGCUGUAUGUGUCAAAGGCUCUUCGGCUGAAUCCUUCUUCUUUUAGCAUGAAAAUUAUAAUGACAGAUUAUUUGCUAUUAGCGACUUUAAAAAUGUUGACAGGGACAGCAUUUAAAGUACAGCCACAGCCUACUGCUGUCAAUGUGACUAAUCGUCACAGCGUAUGACGACCGUCCUUUGAUGGCACACCGACGAGGACUUUCACUUUUAGAAGAGCGGGAAGGUGCAUUUGUGUAAUUUCACAUGUGGCAGCAAAUUACUAAUUGAAGACUUUUUUCAUUUCACCUCCGUCACGGUAAUACAUGCUGAAGGUGCAUGUCAUGACUUUUCAUCAUACAUGCCUACUUCUAUGUGCUUCACUCUGUCCUCCCUUUUGAAUGAUUCAUGCAGCGGACCAAACAACACUCCAAUUUAUGCUUUUGAUCGGGGAGUACAAGCAGACAUUUGCAGACAUUUCAGUGUCCUGUCUUAUAGCGUCUGUGCUUUAAUCAGAAAAACUACUUAAUUAUUACAACUAUUUAUAUUUAUUGUUUUCAACUAUCAGUACUGUAAGUGUGUUUGAGCAUGAAUAAACUCAUCUGUUAAAGUUUUCAUGUA